GCAACCCCCGAAAAAUCCGUCUGGAUCAUCAAGAAAUCACUGUCCGAAACCUUAACUCGCUUCUACCCGCUUGCCGGAAGAAUCAAAGGUAACAUCUCCAUUGAUUGCAAUGACCAUGGGGUUGACUAUGUGGAAGCUAGAGUCAAUGGCCUUCUGUCUACCUUUCUCUCAAAACCUGAUGCUCAGACACUGAGAAAGCUCCUUCCUGUAGACGCAGAGUCCCCUGAAGCAGGCAGGGGACCUCUGCUUCUUGUUCAGGCCAAUGUCUUUGAUUGUGGUGGAUUGGCAAUUGGGGUUUGUAUGUCACAUAAGUUGGCCGAUGCAGCCUCAUUAAGCACAUUCAUUAUGGCCUGGUCAGCCACUGCCCUUGGAUUUAGUCAAGCUCUACUUCCAGAUUUCUCUGCAUCGUUCCAAUUUCCACCAACUGAUCACGCCUCCUCAUUCCAGCAGUCUUCAGUGGAUGUGAAGAGAGUGAAUUUUGUUACAAAGAGGUUUGUUUUUUAUGCAUCCAAGAUUGCAGGUCUUAGGACUAAAGCGGCCAGUGCAAUCGUGGAUCAGCCUACGCAUGCCGAAGCUGUGACAGCCCUCAUCUGGAGAUGUGCAGUGGCUGCUGCAUCAAGAUCAUCAAGCUCACUGCAGUCUCCUAAGCUAUCUGUCUUGUCCCAAUCUGUGGACAUCCGCAAAAGGGUCGUGCCACCUUUGUCAGAUGACUCAAUUGGGAACCUUGUGGGAUACUUUGCUGCACAUACAGAUGAGACUGAGUUGGAGCUGCAAUGCUUGGUUGCUAAACUGAGGAAAGGAAUAAAAGAAUUGAGCAACAGUUAUGCCAAAAGACUUCAAAAAGAUCAGGCAUUGCAGGUGGUUUGUAAGUCUUUCAAAGAGGCAGAUGAGUUGAUCAAAAGAGAUGACAUUAUUAACUUUUAUGUGGGCACGGAUUUGUGUAAUUAUAAGUUAUUGUAUGGGGUAAGUUUUGGGUGGGGAAAGCCAAUCUGGCUUAGUAAAGUCCCUGCUGCUUCAAACAAUAAUGUUGCCUCUUUGGUGAGCACAAGAGAGGAUGGUGGCAUAGAGGCUUGGGUGACUUUGAGUGAGGAAGACAUGGCUACUUUUGAACAGGAUCAGGAACUUCUUGCUUUUGCUUUCAUGAAUCCAAGUGUCUUAGAAGUAGAACCCAUUACAAGGAAGUCUGCUCUGUAAAUUUUUCACAUGCUGUUGUUUGCUUGCUGAAUUAUCCAAUAUUAGAGCUUAGCAUUUGGGUCUCUCUGCUGAUCUGAGGUUGAAUUUUUUGUUCUGUAAGCUUAAGAUCAAUAAUUGUAAAGCUGUUAUGAGUUCAGUCGGGAUCGAAUUUUAGUGGAAUUUGACUUUCACUGCA